AUGUCCGUCACCCCCGCUCCAACAGGCACACUGGGCUCGGAGCUCAAGCGGGAUCCUCGUGCGUUCCCGUUGGACGAGAACAAGCUCACGCAGCUCCUUGGUUCCUCCCACGUCGCGUUCCUCCGCGAGCAGACGGGCAUCAACGAUGAAGAGCAGCUACGGGCGCACAUCCUGACGGUGACUAAGAUGGCCUAUGAGGUGUUUCCGUACCAAUGUAUUCGCCUUUUCGCGUUUGCAGCGUUCAGGGUCCCUUCUAUCCCGAACUACGACCAUCUCUUGAGGCUCGGGAAGGAGCGCGAGGGCGCUAUCCUCCUGGACAUUGGCUGCUGCUUUGGAACUGACAGCCGCAAGAUAGCUGCAGAUGGCUGGCCCGCGCAGAACAUUGUUGCCUCCGAUAUCCAUCCAGAGUUCUGGGCCCUCGGCCACACCCUCUUCGGCUCCACGACCGGCUCCUUCCCCGCUACCUUCGUCCCCGGCGACGCCCUCUCUCCCAUUCACCUCACGCAACACCCCAUCCUCCCGACCUCAUUCUCCGCUCUCCCCUCCGAUCUCACUCCCCUCGACCUCUCCGCCCUCUCCUCCCUCAACCCACUCGCGGGCCGCGUCUCCGCGAUCCACGCCGGCGCGCUCUUCCACCUGUUCUCCGCCGCGGACCAGGCGCGGCUCGCGCGUGCCCUCGCCGGCCUCCUCGCGCCGCACCCGGGUGCGACGAUCGCCGGGAGCCACAGCGCCGCGCCGGACCGCGCGGACGGGGAGCCGCCGCGCGCGGAGGAGGUGGUGAUGCUUGGCGCGGACGGGAGCGCGAUCGCGCAGUUUCGGCACUCGCCCGCGAGCUGGGCCGCGUUGUGGGACGGGGCGGUGUUCGAGAAGGGGACGGUGCGGGUCGAGACGGAGCUGCAGGCGGUCGCGGUCGCGAGCGGGGACGGGGAGGAGGUGCAGUUUUGGAUGCUGUGGUGGGCGGUGACGCGGGUUUGA